AUGAUAAAUAAUGAAGAAUUAGUUGGUGGUUGUUGUGUCUGUUCUGAUGAUCAAGGUUUUUCAAAUAAUGCACUUGUUUACUGUGAUGGAAAAGGAUGUACAGUUGCUUGUCAUACUGCAUGUUAUGGAAUUGUAUCAAUUCCUGAUGGUGAUUGGUAUUGUCGUCGAUGUGAAGCAGGAGAAAUUCAAGCACCAUGUCGUUUAUGUCCGACGAUUGAAGGGGCAAUGAAACGUACAUCUGAUGAUGGUUGGGCACAUGUUAUAUGUGCACUUUAUAUACCUGAAGUUUCAUUUGGUAAUAAUUCAACUAUGGAACCAAUAAUAUUAUCAGAAAUUCCAUCAACACGUUUUCAACAAAUAUGUUCAUUAUGUAAGAAAAAUGGACGUACAGAUUCUCAUGCAAUGAAAGGUGCUUGUUGCGAAUGUACAGUUAAAAAUUGUUCACAAUUAUUUCAUGUUACAUGUGCACAACAAGCUGGCUUAUUAUACGAAGAUGUAAGAAAAAAUAAUUGUCAAUAUCCAAUUUAUUGUGAACAACAUCAACCGAAAUUUUCAAAAUUUCUGAGACAAAUACCCCCAUUUCGAUACAAAUCAUCAGAUCAGAAACAUAAUUCAACUAGUAAAUCAUUAAUAGCAGUAACAAAACAAAAAUUAAACCAUGAAACUAGUCAAAAUCCAUCACAAGUUGAUCCUUUAAUGAAUCUUUCACAAUUUGUUGAAUUAAAUAAAGACGAAGGAACUUCAUUAACAUCAUCAAAUCAAAAUCAACCAUCGACUGAUAUCACAAAAUCAUCGAAUACUAAUAUUGAACCACAAUUAUUAACAUCGAAAUGUACAAAUGAUGAUACUCAUGUUUUAGAAAAAAAGAUUGUAACUCCAAAAAUCAAAACUGAAGAGAAUGAUAUUGAUUAUCCAAUAAUCAGAAAACCUCAAAUUAAUAAAGAUGAACAAUUAAGAAAAAAACGUCAACAUUCGAAUGAAGGUGGUCCAAGACCUGUUGGUCGUCCUCCAAAGAAAACACUUGUAACACAAGAAAAACAAAUUAAUACUUCUUUACCUGUAAAAACUGAAGAACCUCAAGAAAAAAAUGAUCGAAUUCAUAUUAAUUUUUAUCCUCGUCGACCAUUAACAAAUUCUUCAACAACGGAACAACAACAACAACGUUUAUCUACACCUCAAACAUUAGAAGAAUUUCUUGAACAAGAAUGGGAAUCAACAAGUGAUUUUUUACUUCAACAAACAAUGCCACAUGAUGUUUCAUCAUUAUUAUCAUGUUUAUAUCAAUUUAAAUCUGAAAAUGCAAGUUUACAAAAAAAAAUUGAUGAACUUAAACAUCGACGAGAUUCUUUACGUGUUACAAAUUCUAAUUUACGUCGUAAACUUUCAGAAAUUAUACCAAUUAAUGAUACAACUAAUGAUGUACCACGUCUUCCAAUAAAUCAUCAUCAUCAAUCUAUAAUUAAAACAAGUAAAUCACCAAAUAUUGAAAAUCAACGAAAACUAACACAAAUGACUUCAUCGGAAAUUGAUUAUUUUUCAAAUCAUUCAACUUCAUCGUCAUCAUCUUUACCCUAUGAAUCAAUAAAUCCAUAUACAAUGAUAAAAAAUGAACGAAUACCACCACCACCACCACCACUACCACCAACGAAUGGUCUUAGUUUGGAACUUCUUUCACAAAUUCUUACAACGAAUGGUCCACAAUUAUUUGCACCAACAUGGAAUAUAUCUAAUUUUGGUUACGCAAAUUUUCCAGGAGCAAACGCAAUAUCACUAUCUGAACAAUCUAUUAUACGUUCAUAUCCACCAUUUGAAUAA